CCAGUCCCGGCUGCGAGCGGGUGGACGAGCCGAGCCGGCCGCCGCGCGACCCCCCGCAGCCCGAACCCGCUUUGGCCGAAGCCCAGAAGUGGAUCGAGCAAGCAACGGGGAAAAACUUCGGAGACAAAGAUUUCCGGUCUGGACUAGAAAAUGGCGUUCUGUUGUGUGAGUUGCUGAACACCAUAAAACCCAGAUUGGUCAAAAAGAUAAAUAGAUUGUCUACUCCCAUUGCAGGUCUGGACAACAUUGCCCUGUUCCUACAAGGUUGCAAGGAACUAGGCCUCAAAGAAUCACAGCUUUUUGACCCGGGAGAUCUGCAGGAUGCAUCGAGCAGAGCAACAACCAAGCAUCUUGAUGGUAGCAGGAAGCUGAAAAAUGUUUUAAUCACCCUGUAUUGGCUGGGGAGAACCGCAAACAGCAGUACUUCUUAUAGCGGAGCAACGCUGAACCUGAAGGAGUUUGAAGGAUUGCUAACCCAGAUGAGAAAGGAGACUGAGGAUGUCGAGAGCCCGAAGCGCAGCAUCCGUGACAGCGGCUACGUAGACUGUUGGGACACGGAGCGGAGCGAUUCUCUUUCUCCCCCUCGCCACGGUAGAGAUGAUUCUUUUGACAGUCUGGAUUCCUUUGGCUCUCGCUCCCAGCAGACGCCAUCUCCAGAUGUGGUGCUGAGGGGAAGUAGUGAUGGGAGAGGAAGUGACUCUGAAUCUGACCUGCCACAUCGAAAGAUUCCAGACAUGAAAAAAGACGAUAUGUCUGCCAGGCGGACCUCCUACGGUGAACCCAAAUCAGUCGUGCCUUUUAACCAAUACCUCCCCAACAAGAGUAACCAGACUGCCUAUAUACCAGCUCCACUUAGGAAGAAGAAAGCCGAACGAGAGGAGUACAGGAAGAGCUGGAGCACAGCUACUUCUCCUCUAGGAGGAGAGAGACCUUUCAGAUUCGGCUCCAGAACUCCUGUGUCUGAUGACGCAGAGAGCGUGAGCAUGUUUGACAUGAGAUGCUCGGAUGAGGCUGCUGUGAUGCAACCACACAGCAAAGCUCGCCACGAGAAGCUGCAGACCAUUCACCACCAACUGAAAGAAGAUGAGGAUCGGUGGCAAGACGACUUAGCCAGGUGGAAGAGUCGUCGGAGAAGUGCGUCACAGGAUUUGUUGAAGAAAGAAGCUGAGAGAAAGAAGAUGGAACGGUUACUGAGCACAGGCGAUGGGAACAGUGAGCGAAGGAAAAGCAUCAAGACUUACAAAGAGAUUGUGGAAGAGAAAGAGAGGCGCGAGAGAGAGCUACAUGAGGCAUACAAGAACGCCAGAUCACACGAAGAGGCGGAGAACAUCCUCCAACAAUAUAUCGAGAGAUUCACCAUUAGCGAAGCUGUGCUGGAACGCCUGGAGAUGCCAAAAAUUCUGGAGAGAAGCCAUUCAGUCCAGCCAAAUUCGACAUCCCCGCCUAAGGACCCAAACCCUCUGAGAUACUUACGGCAACAGUCACUCCCUGCCCCCAAAUACACUGCCAAGGUAGAGGCAACCAUUGUUCCCACCAGCGAAUCGGAAGCCAGCGUUUCAUCGGGCCGCACCUCUCCGAGCAAACCUUUUGUCUCCAAGGCGGUGCCUAUGCUGACACCCAAGCCUUACUCACAGCCUAAAAACACCCAGCAGGUUUUGAAAAGCUUUAAGAUAGAUGGAAAAGUCAGCAUGAACGGUGACACCUUCAAUGGAGUAGAAGACGAAAAAGAGAAAGAAUACACCACAUUGAUAUUUUCCCCUUCCCCAAGUCGAUCGCCAAAGUCUGACAGUGCGAUGGAAGUGGACGGCGCUUUGGAGGUGAAGCCAGAUUCCUCUAGCCCUGAGCUGGUUCUGAAGAGGCUCCUUGAGCACAGCCAGCUCAGAGAGCAAACCGGCUCCUUGUUCGAAGAAGCUAAACAAACCAAGAGAAAAGACAAAAUGGGUUCAGAAGGAGCAUCUCCAGUGCGAUUAAUGUCAGACCGUAAAGAUUUCAGCGCAGCAGUCUCCUGUGCCAGCCCUGCAAUGAACACUGUGGAAUUCUCCCCCCUCAGUAAUCCUUCCAAGGAAAUGGGUUCAAACGAUGAACUGAAGGAACCGGAGGCAGGGAAACAAAAGGAGGCAGAGGCACCAGUUAUUCAGAAGGUAGUGCCCUUGGGAGCUCCAGAACAAGAUGGGAGCAUCUUGUAUCAGCCUCUGAACAAGACACCCGAGACGAGCCAUGUUAUUUUGCAGAAUUCUACCUUACAAGCCAAUGCUGAAAGCAAUGAGAAGUCAAGUCAUUUUGGUGGCUGGUCUUGGGAUCCCGAAGAAGAGCGGAAGCGGCAACAGCGAUGGCAGCAUGAACAGGAACGCCUGCUUCAGGAAAGGUAUCAGAAAGAGCAGGACAAGUUGAAAGAAGAAUGGGAAAGAGCCCAAAAAGAAGUUGAAGAGGAGGAGCGCAGAUACUAUGAGGAGGAACGCAAAAUCAUUGAGGACACUGUGGUUCCAUUCAUGGUCACUUCAAACUCCUCUGAGCCCUUGUCCACGUUUUCCUCUGUGACUGAUGCAAAUGGGGCUAUGAAUGUGCUAGACAUGAGCAACUCUGAAGAGAUUGAUAAGCAAAAAGAAGAAGAAACAUCAAAGGAGGUGCUUUGUGAACAGGAAGACACUCCCUUUUCAAAAAACAAGGAGUAUGAAUUGUGGAAGGAAAACACAAGGGCAGGCUGUCAAGAAAGCUACCAGACCGGACCGCAGUUGCCAUGUUCUCUGGGAAUACAAAGCCAGUCACCCAACAGGUCUGUCAGUGGAAGGAAGCUGUGUUCUAGCUGUGGACAAACUCUGGGGAAAGGCGCAGCCAUGAUUAUUGAGACCCUUGGUCUUUAUUUCCAUAUUCAGUGCUUCAGGUGUGGAAUUUGUAAGGGCCAGCUUGGAGACGCAGCCAUUGGCACAGACGUACGGAUUAGAAAUGGUCUUCUCAAUUGCAAUGAUUGCUACAUCCGAUCCAGAACCGCUGGUCAGCCAACAACUUUGUGACAUGGAUCUCCGUCUUGCUUACAAAAGUACUCUGCAAGGAGGAAGGUCAUGACUGUGUUCCUGCAGCUGCUUCUGGACAAUCACUCGUACGAGCAUCUCCCCACAGACUUCACGGCCUUCGGCUCAUCUUGAAAGGCUGGCAUGAAAGAUUACAUCAGCUCCUUUCCAAUGCAAUACCUGUUUUCCUUCCUUAAUUCACUUGCAUUAUGUGUAUGAAGUGCAUCUCUGGACACUGAGCUCCCUUUCAACCCAUGAGG